CUUUUCCCCAUAAAUACCACGAAUUUCCGGCGUCCCUCAAUCUAAUUCCUUUCGAAGGCUAUGGAUCAACCCAUCUGAACCAACCCAUGACAACGGACGCAAUGUCUGAUAGGAGCCAAGCUUCUCGUGAUAUACAACCGAGCGUGGACUUUUACUUGACCAACCGGGACGUGGAACCCUCAAUCCUGAGCGGAGAUCAAGCCUUACUCCAUGCCGACAACUUAGGGUCUCAGAGACUCGGUCCUCGCCAUCUACUACCCACUGGUCACAAGAUUGCCUCCCGAAAUGCUGGGCUCCCGCAACACGGUGUCCACGAUGGAUACCUCGAUUCUGUCAAUGUCAAUGUCUCGCACCCCUUCUCUUACAAUGAAGGCACUUUGUCGAUGAACCGCCCGUCAGAAAGGCUUAGCAUCUCGAACUCGAAGUGUAAUGUCCCAGCAUUGGACUUUACCGGCAUGCCGUAUGCCUUCGACAGCUUUCCAGUAACUAUCAACCAUUCAGAGACCCUCAACCAUUACACCACCGAGUGGGAUUCUCUGAAAAGCAACGAGGCGUUCUUCCCCAAUGCACACAUCACUGGCAAUAACAUACUGCCGACAUAUCGUCCAGCGGUGAUCUAUCCGCAAACGAACGAUUGGACCACCUUGUUCGAUGCGACGAAUCCAGAGUCCGAGCCUUAUGGACUAAUUCCCGUGUUCCGAGCUUUCGAGCUGCCGAACAAGUGUGGGCUUGACGAACUGGGUGUCAAAUUCGCCUACUCCGCUAGCACGAACACCCUAGAGAAUCCCCUGACCAAACCCAACGAUGGGAAGGGAAAGGCACCCGAGCCUCUCAAUCGAGCUACUAGAGCAUCGACACCUCCGAUUUCCAGCAAGAAGCGAAGAUUCGACUCCGACUCGGAUGCAUCAUCUACUCCGGGCGAAUGUCCGUUCUGUGACGGCUUUCGUGGAAAUGCGAAACGGCUCAGGGAGCAUAUGCGGUGCCAUAUUCGAGAGCACGUCUGUGAAGCACCUCGAUGUUCUCAGCGCUUCAGCACUGCAAGGGACCUUCGGAGGCAUGCCAAGUCUGCUCACCAAAAGGCAAAGCUCACCUGCCAUAUCUGUUCAGCCAGCAUUCAGGGUGGUCGAGUGGACAACUUGCAGAGACAUAUCAGGAACAGACAUAAUGAGGAGCCCUGAGUGGGAUAGUUCGAUGUGAGGGAGGAAGGAGGAUACUUAGACGGGGUAAAGGGAACGGGCUUCCGGAUCGAGCAGUAGCAGAGCUACCACUUGUGAAGA